AUGUCUAACGCUCCAAAAUCCACUUCGUUUACAGGAACAGUCGCUCAAGCCUCCCACCAAAAUCCACAAAAGCCCUUGGAUCGUGUGCAACACCUAGCCAGGUACUGGGAUGAGAACGAAUGGCGCGAGUAUUUCCAGUUUUACCUUCGCUCCCCCGCAGACACCAUACAUCCCAUCGCCGAGUGUCUCGGGCUCAGAUUAAAGCGCCUUCACCCCAAUAGUAACCAAUUUGUAUUUGAAAGCCCCAUCGCCAACGUGCUUGCCAAAGAAAUCGAGCACAUGGCCGGUCAAAUCCAGGCACAUACACAGAGAUUGCGAGAUCUGCUCCAGUGUGCAGCGAAUCCACAGUUUUUGGAAGCGCAACUUGCUAUCCUACUCCGUGUAUAUGCAUCUCAGAUCUGGGGUGUGUGUUCCAAUCGGACUUUUCUUGUCAACGCUGGCGAUGGUGAAUUCUAUCCACGGGAUCUGCUCUUUGAGUCCACUGAGAGCCGGGAUUUCAUACGUGCGCUUUUACACCAGUGGAUUUUCCGCAGGGCGUUUGCUCGGGUAAAGUUUCACGGUGGUGAGGAUAAUCGUAAUGUCUCAGACCUUAUACAUGCCCCAAAGCAAAACGCACACAUGCCCUUAGCCCAUGCCCAUCCAGCAGAUAUCGGAUUCGCGCCUCCCGCACUUCCUACUCCUGUUCCCCAACCACAGCCAGGCCCCACGAACCCACGCAACACUCAACCAAGUAUACUACCAGCCAACAAAACCACAUCCAUUGAAGAAGUCACAGCAGCCCUGAUACACUCCUUCCGCUCCCACGCCCUCCGAUACGGAAAACCCGGCUUCAACGAGACAGCCUCUCUCAACCGCAUCAGCGCCAACACCGCGAGCUUCGUCUUCAGCUAUUCCGCACACGACAGUACUGGACCCGCUCCAAGCAUCCCGGAGUUCUCACGUAUUGUACGCGCAUGGCUGGCCUACCAACAUAGCAUCAUCUCUGUGUCAAAUGAAGUUGGAGCACUCACAUUAGGGGCCAUGUCUGCGACUAUGAGAGCAGUGAGCAAGUUCCAAUUAAAGGAGCAGUUGAAUCAUGCUCGCAAGGACUUUAUAAACUCGGGAACUGCCGCACCUGGUGAUGAGGCGGGUGUGGAACGGGCGCUGUGCCGGGGGAUCGAGGUGUUGUGUGUGGAUCCAAAGGUUUCUUUGCAUUUGUGGAUUGCUAAUAAUUUGAGGGUACAGAAGAUGAGGAAGAGGGUGUUUGAUUUGCUGGAUGUGCUUAAUAGUGGGGAGUAG